GAGUCUCCUGAGCCUUGACUCCUAAGCGCUAAGCAGCUUGGUCAGAUAAUCUGAUAAUGUGCUUUCAAGUCCUACUAACCAAAUCCUGCGUAUUUGAAUCCACCACAAUACCACAUGACUUCAUUCCAUCUACUCUUACUUGGUCUUCGUAGAGCCAAAAUACCCAAAAGCCGUGUCAUUUCUAGCCAUUCCUGUCACAUUCAAGGCCAAACUAAUGUUCAAUCUCCCAAGAACACCACAUCGCCGGAUUCCGAUCAGGAUCCGGCCAAAAUUAUCAUUACCCAACUGUCGAACUGCACAUGCUUACAAGAACUUUGUCAACUACAUGCCCGAAUCAUUCGAACCCAAAUGUUAGAUUUCUAUCCCUCUCCAUUUUAUUGGAACGGCAUUAUAAGGUCCUACGUCAGGCUCGAUGUCCCAUCCAUGGCACUUCACGCUUAUAUUGCCAUGUCACUAGCUGGGGUGUCACCAGAUUCCUACACAAUCCCUAUUGUCCUAAAGGCCGUGUGUCAGGUUUAUGCAAUUGACGCCGGGCGCCAACUUCAUUCUGUUGCUAUUGUGCGAGGCCUUGAGUUGAACGAGUUCUGCGAGAGCGGGCUCAUUAGCUUCUAUUGCAAAGUGGGAGAAUUCAAUAACGCACGUAAGCUGUUCGAACAAAACCAUGAGAGGAAGUUGGGUUCUUGGAAUGCCAUCAUAGGAGGCCUUUCCCAAGGAGGAUUCGCCAAGGAAGCCAUAAAUAUUUUCAUACAGCUAAGACAAUGUGGUUUCUAUCCGGAUGAUGUGACCAUGGUUGGUGUAACUUCUGCUUGUGGAAAUUUGGGGGACUUGAACUUAGCUCUCCAGUUACACAAAUGUGUAUUCCAAGCUAAAACUUUAGAGAAACCAGAAAUUUUGAUGUUGAAUUCUCUUAUAGACAUGUACGGGAAGUGUGGCCGAAUGGACCUGGCUCACAGGGUCUUCACAGGAAUGGUGGAACGUAAUGUGUCUACAUGGACAUCGAUGAUCAUGGGUCAUGCCUUGCACGGAUGUGCAUAUGAUGCUCUUGAAUGCUUUCGUUCCAUGAGACAAGCAGGAGUCAGGCCUAACCAUGUCACGUUUGUAGGGGUCCUGAGUGCAUGUGUGCAUGGUGGAAUGGUGGGAGAUGGGAGACAUUACUUCCAAAUGAUGAAGAGGACAUAUGGAAUCACGCCCAUGAUGCAACACUAUGGCUGCAUGGUGGAUCUACUCGGACGUGCUGGAUUGCUUGAAGAAGCCAAAGAAUUGGUGGAGAGGAUGCCGAUGAGGGAAAAUUCUAUUAUUUGGGGGACUCUCAUGGGUGCCUGUGAGAAGCAUGGGAAUGUGGAGGUUGCAGAGUGGGUAGCUAGGCAACUCCAAGAGCUAGAACCUUGGAAUGAUGGGGUUUAUGUUGUGUUAUCCAACAUAUAUGCUAGUGCUUGUAUGUGGGAAGAUGUUGAGAGGAUAAGAAGGGUGAUGAAGGACAGAAAGGUUGCCAAGACUCCUGGUUAUAGCUUGGCAACAAUUUUAGUUUGACCAAAUAUGCUGUUUCUUUCAUUUUUGUUUUAUCAUUCAUUGUUAUAUAUUUCCUUUAAUCUAAUUAAUUCUGGAUGAUGGAUCUUCUGUUCCAUCCGGUUACGAUUACAUGGUUAAGGUUCUUCUUGUAUUAGCAAAUUGAUUGAAUAACAGUGAAUCUUUUCCCAUGUUAUUUC